AGUAACGGGAACCCCUCCACAGCGAUGACGCGUCUCUUCUCGACAUAUUCUGACGUUUUACGUUCGUGUUGGGAUCAGCCGUAAAGCGGAACGUGUGAAGACGGAGGAAGGUUAAAAGGAAUUCUGCAAAACACGGUAAAUAUUCACGUUUUUAUGUGUUAUAGGUGUAUUUUAACAGGUUGUUUCUUUCUAAUAGAGUGUUAGGAAACUGUGUGCCGUUUAUCAGCCGUCUGUUUGUCAGAAUUACAGGUUUAUAGAGCGACCUGUUUUGUUAGUGUGAUCGGACUGUCAUUGAAGGAAAUUAAAGAUGAAUUUAUACAAAUAUUUAACAUUUAAACAGAUUCAGUAAAGACUGGAGGUUAAUGUGCUCUUAUAUGGACCUAAAGGAGACAUGCAAAGCUCAAACUCUAAGUUAUUAUCAUUAUAUUUAUCCGGUUAUCCAGUUUUAGUGGUGUGGUUAACUCUCUGCUGUUAGCACCAACAUAUUAGAAUCAAAAUCACUUUAAUAAUCCCAGUAACAGUAACUCCAGGGCAAAUAAAGUAGGAAGAGGAGAUAAUAAUAGAUAAAAGACGUAAAAAUAAAGAGAUAAAGAGAUAAAAUAAGUAAAAAUAAAGAGAUAAUGUACAAGUAUAUACACUAUAUCCAACACAAAAUAGUAAAUCAACCGGCUUAAUCAGCAUAUUUCACAGACUUUUCAUUAUAAAUGAUCAUAAACGAUGCAAGAUAUUGAAUAUUUUAAAGGUUUUUUUACUUUUAGAGAUGCACCAGCUUUGGGAUUUUAUAAAUGUUAAUCUAUGGACACUAGUCUCUAAAAGUCAGAGUUCAGGACCUGUAAAUACUCAAAGCAGUUGUGAUGUUAACAUUAAAGAUUUGGGAGGAUGAUUACCUGAGGUGUAAAAAAGCUAACUUUAUCAGUUAUCAUGUUAAGGAGUUGUCGUUCUCGGAGAAAAGUCAUACUCAAGGAAAAUGUCUGAAUGCUGACAGAUAGGAUGUAAAUAUGACAGGGUGUUUUAUUGUUAAGAGAGACUGUUGAUAACGUCGUACUCUAAACCCUCAUGAAUGUUGGUCAUGUAUGAUAAUAACUCAUGGCUCAUUAAGACUGUAAGAAAUGUUGACAGAGAAAACAUGUUUUCUUAGUUGCUUGAACAUCCCAUGUUUAUAUUAGAUUAAUGUAGGGCUGGGCGAUAAAAUGAUAAUGAUGUAUAUCAAAAUUAAUCUCCCUCAAUAUCGAUAUAAAACAUGGUCAAUGUGCUUUUCAAUAGUCGGCAUUCUGACAUGUUUUGGUAGACUGUAUGAAUAGCCAAUGAAAAGGGGAGUUGCUCUGGGUCCGAACCAAUCAUGUGCUGAAUUAGAAGCAGACAGCAGUUGUAGCAGACAGCAGCUACACCCAACCAUAGCACUUUAACAGGUGAAGCCGACAGCAAAGUAAAUGAGUGCUACCCCGACAGAAAUGACCAUGAAGGCUCAACAGAUGACGACAUCAUCGACAACACUGACACGAAAACUUCAACUACAAAAGAUAUGCGACCAAUAAACACUGUUAAAUGUCAUUUUUUUAUAUCGUGAUAUUUAUCGAUAUUGACUGACAUGAAAAAAAUAUAUCAUGAUAAACUUCUCCCCGUAUCGCCCAGCCCUAGAUUGAUGUUAGAUUAACGUAAUCUCUGCAUCCCUUUCCUUCUAAUCUGUGUAUUUCUGUCUGUAAUCCUUCGCUGCUCCUCCACCAGCAUCAUGCCGUUUGUGGACGUGCAGUCGCGGCUCGGCAUCAACGUCGACCGCUGGAUGCAGACUCAGAGCGGAGUCCAGCCCUACAAGAAAGCCGCACGUUGCCACGCCUUCGAGAAAGAGUGGAUCGAGUGCGCCCACGGCAUCGGGCAGACCCGCGCCAAACAGGAGUGCAAGCUGGAGUACGAGGAUUUCUACGAGUGCAUGCACAGGCAGAAGAUGGUACGAGGCUGUUGAUACGCCAUGAAUAAAAUUCUAUUUGACAUGAGCUUCAUAGCGUUGAGUCAAAGAUGAAGUCAGUUUAGUAAAUGUGACAGGAAGGGUUUUUAAUCGACCUCCAAAGUUUGUUUGAUGGCUUUCAACAACCAAGAGCUUUUAAUGAAGGGUAGUGUUUGAAAUGUUGACGUUCCCGUGAACCUGAGCCUCUUUAAACAGACUGAUUUUAGCGAAGAGUUAAGAGUGAUGGAUGGAUGGGAGGGAGGAGGAGAAAGGAGUUUGUGUUGAGAGGGAGGGGAAAAAAACAGCUUCUAUAUGCAAAAAGACUCUAAACUAAAGACGGAGUUUCAUCCCGGAACAAAAAUAGCAUCCAUGUCUAAUCCUUUCUAUACAGUCGGAGUUAAAGUGAGGUCAGUUUUAAUUGCUGUGUGAGUCAGCAGAGGACAGAUUGACAGAUGCUCCGUCUGCUUUCUGUGAUUGUGCUGCAGCAGCAGGAACUCUCUCUCUCUCUCUGCCUGUAUCCCAACACUCAGUCUCUCUCUCUCUCUGUCAGCAACGUCUUUUUAUAUAAGAUGAUGGAGAUGAUGCAGGAUGACUUGCUGAUUUCGAAUGAAUGAAUGAAUGACAGCUUUAUAUUCUGACAUGACACUUAGAUCGUGUUAUCCGCUUAGUCAUGGUUCAGAUUUGGGGUACUUAGUUAAGUGUUCUCUCUCUGUGUGGAAAAACAAGAACAUAUGGACAAAAAAUCCAGACAUAAGAAAAAUAAUAUCACAAAUCUAUGAUAAACAUGUUUCUAAGAUAUUGUUGGUGCUCAUCGGUGUCUACAAUGAUGUUGGUCUUAAAGGGAUAUUCCAGCGUAGAAUUAAUUUAGGGUCAAACACGCCGUAACACCGAGUUAGACACCCCCUCCAGAGAUGAAUGUUGCCGACCGUUUGCUUCUCUAGUUAUACCAACUUUAGUAACGUCUGCCUGUUCGUUUGCCUGUUAAAAGACGAGCAGCAGAGGGAAGCCUGAUUCACACCGAUAAACACGUAUAUAAAUGAGAAGAAUCUACUAAAGGGCGCCUGAAGAAUUAAAUGAUAGUUUUGAAUCUGUCGUCGACGCUUCAGUACGCCGCCAUCAUUUCCUCUGGACCACUAAAUCUGGACUUGAUGAAGCACAUGUUGCUCUAAACUUGGUAGGAAGUGUUUUUUCUCCUCUUUUCCACAGUAAUCGGGUGAACACGAUCUAAAGUUGAGGUCACUUCAAUUUUUAUUCCUGUCGUGUCACAUAAAGGUGUCGGGCUGAGGGUCAUUUAUUCAUCUGUUUCCAUAUUUUCCUUUUGGUCUCUGCAUCUUGUCUGAAAACAAAUCUCUCCUGUGUUUCUUCCUGCAGCGCGAGCGGCUGUCCACCAUCCGUAAGCAGCGAGAAAAGCUGAUAAAGGAGGGGAAGUACACGGUUCCGCCAUGCCACUCAGGCCAGGAGGAGGUGUAACCCUGAGAGCUGACACACGUACAAACAUAGACCUUAAAUCUGCAGCUCUGUUUUUGUGUAAAUUCAACCAGAAAUUAACAUUUCCUGUUCGUCUGUACAAGUUUGCAAAUAAAUGUUAUUAUCCACUGUACUCCUCUUCUCCCCGUCUGUGACUAUACUCAUAUUCUUGGUGGAUUUGAGGUACUGCUUUUGUUUCAUGCUUCUAAAUACUCCUACUGCAACACAUUUCAAAACUAGAAUAUUGUUUUUAAGUCCAGGUAGUUUUUCAGGAGCAUUAGCAGCCCCUGACAGCAUAAAACAAGAUUUUUAUAAACUGAAAUAUGGAAGCAGUUCAUUCUUUAAAGUAAAGGAGUUAAUAUUUAGAUGUCUCGACUGAGUGACUCUAAAUUAACUCAUUUAGUCCAGGAGAGACUGGGUUAAUUUAGCUUCCUUGGAUCCCCACAUCUGUCACAUCACAGCGGAUUUUCUUUAAUUACUUUAAAUGUCUUAUCUUUACUUGCAAUGAUGCUUCUUCUACUCUAUAUUUAACCAUCUGAACACAAUAAAUGACAGUUUUACUAAUCUUUACUCCGUAGCUCUGAUACAAACACAUGCAGACAGAGUAAAAAUGUCUUUUUCUUCAUGUCAAUCCAUGUGUCAAUGAAUUUAUUAAAAGAAAACUUCAUAUAUUUACUGAUUUGAAUGUUAA